AUGUUCUUCGGCAAAUCCCUCCCCUUCAACCCCGAGCAGGACAUCCCCUCGCUCGCCGGCAAAGUCAUCCUAGUGACCGGCGCCAACAUCGGCCUGGGCAAGCAAUGCGUCCUGGAAUACGCCCGCCACCAGCCGUCGCUGAUCUGGCUGGCCGCGCGCACCAUCGACAAAGCGCAGACCGCGGCAGACGAGAUCCGCCAACAGGUCAAAAACGCGCCCCCCAUCAAGCCCCUCGCCAUGGACCUGUCCUCGCUCUCGUCCGUCGCCACCGCGGCCCGCACCGUCGCGGCCGAGUCCACCCGUCUCGACAUCCUCAUGCUGAACGCCGGCAUCAUGGCCGCCCCGCCGGGCCUGACGAGUGACGGCUACGAGCUGCAGUUCGGCACGAACUACAUCGGGCACGCUCUCUUCACGAAACUGCUGCUUCCCGUCCUGGAAAAGACGGCUGCGAUGCCGGACGCGGACGUGCGCAUUGUCUCGCUCUCGUCGCACGGCCACGUCUACGCCCCCAAGGAAGGCGUGCUGUUCGACACCUUGCGCACCGACGCCGAGAGCUUGGGCGCUUACGGUCGCUACGGGCAGAGCAAGCUGGCGAUCAUUCUGUGGACGCGCCAGAUGGCGCGCAAGUACCCGCAGUUUACGCUGGCGUCGAUCCAUCCGGGCGUGGUGCGCACGAAUCUCAUGAAUAAUGCGACGGGGAGCCCGUGGGUCAUUAGGGUGUUGGGGAAGGUCGCGAAUAAGGUCGUGACGCCGGUGGACCAGGGCGUUAGGAAUCAGCUGUGGGCGUCUGUGGCUAAGGAGGUGAAGAGCGGGGAGUACUAUGAGCCUAUUGGGAUUGGGGGCCCGCAGACGCCGAAGGGAGAGGAUGAUGUGCUGGGGCUGAAGGUGUGGGAAUGGACGGAGAAGGAGCUGCAGGGGUAUGAGUAG